UUGGAGCGCGUCGGUGGAGGAGUAACGCGCGGGGGCGUCUGCUUCUUCACCUGUUGGUGGGAUGCCGCGACAACGGAUCGAGGAUAGCCCACAGGCCUUGGGCUUCGUGCAAUAAUAUCUCCAUUUCCUGGAAUGAGACCCACGAAUUUCGGAUGCUGAGCUCCUUUUAACGUGUCUACACCCGAGACAUCGAAAGACACUGCUGCACUGCGUCCUCCGUACUUUUGGACCGUCAUGGAUUGCAGGGGAUUGCCGCCACAGAAGAAUGCACACUCCAAACGAAAGAACUAUGCUCGGAGUCCAAGUGGAAACCCGAAAGGAGGGCCAUCGAUGGCGGAGAACUACAUGCAGCUCUCGCACUUCCAUCAGGUCCGCGCCCUGUGUGACAUGUCGAUGGAGCAACAAGUGCGCGACUAUCUGAACCACUGCCCCGUGUCUUCUGAGGCCGGCUCUGGGGGGGCCUUGGGGCCUCCACCAGGUGGUGCUCCUCCUCCUCCGCCCCCUGGCUGCCUCGGAAGCCGCAUCCUCUCCAGGAACGCCAACGGAACCAUCGCGAUGACGUCACAACCGACCAACGAAUCGGAACUGCAGUUGUACAGGGUCCUUCAACGAGCGAACCUGCUCUCCUAUUACGACACUUUCAUUUGUCAAGGAGGCGACGACGUGCAGCAGCUGUGCGAGGCGGGUGAAGAGGAGUUCCUGGAGAUCAUGGCCCUGGUGGGCAUGGCCAGCAAACCUCUUCACGUUAGAAGGUUGCAGAAGGCGCUCCAAGAGUGGGUCAAUAAUCCAGCCAUGUUCCAGACACCGUUGGUGCCGUCCCUCCCGCACCCUGGCGGGCCUCCUCACCCAGGUUUAGCACCUUUGGGUCGCCCAGCACCCCCUGUGAGUCUUGCACGGCCCAGCCCUCCUAUGGGUUCCAGCCAUUCGUCUCCUUCGCCUGGCGUUGGACCCAAGGAGAUCCCAUCCCCAUCUCGAAUGCAUCACCCGCCACCUAUGUCCACACCACAGCAACCACCACCCGGCUACCCACAGAGUGGUGUACAGGCUGAGUGGCGGACGGGAUCUAAUCAGGAUCCACAACACGAGGAUCGUCCGGGUUCCCCUCCGUGUCCCGUUCUGUCGGAGCCGCAAAUCCGGCGCUUGGCCGAAGCCGCCGAGGCGCUCGUCCGCUCGCUGCCCCCGCACGCCUUCGCCGACCCGCGCCCUCACGGCAGGAGGAUGUGCAAGGACCUCGAGCACGUGCUGAGCAUGUCGGAGGAGGACCCGCGCCGUAUGGACGAGAUCCGCAAGUAUGCGGCCAUCUACGGACGCUUCGACUGCAAGCGCAAGCCAGAGAAGCCGCUCACACUGCACGAGGUUUCUGUAAAUGAAGCUGCAGCGCAGAUCUGCAAACACAUCCCGGCACUCCUCACCAGAAGGGAUGAACUCUUCCCAUUGGCCAGACAAGCCGUGCGAGACAGUGGAUAUCCUUACGCCAAAGGUAUGGAUGACUCUUGCAGGAGUUUUGGAGGUCUCCCUGGGGGCUCAGUUGGCAAGGGCUUUGCGGACGAAGAACCGACCAUGAAAAGGCCAAGGAUCGAUCCAGACAAGGCGCACAUCGAAGAAGAGAAAAAGAAGAGACAGGAUCGCCUGGAAGGCAUCUGCGAUCAACUUCGAUCCCUAGGCCGUCAGCAGGAAGAGCUCAAGGCGCGGCUGCAGCAAUCCCGAGACCUGCACAAUAUGGCUGUCAUGCCACAGCUUCAAUCGCAGCUGCAGUCGCAGCUCGAGCACCUGUCCACGCAACAAAUGCAGCUGAUCAACGAGCAGAGCGAACUCUCCAAACAGCUACGCAGGAUAGACAAGUACUGUAGUGGAGGAAAGGGACAAUAUGGCAGACUGUCCUCUUGCUCUGAACAGGAGAAGGCUGACACGGAUGACACUGAUUCUCAGCUGUCAGCUUACAGCAACAACUCAUCGCCGACCUUGAGUCACGAGGCCCACGAGGACGGAGGCCCUCCCGGCGGAGGACCCACGCCAGCGGACGUCUUCAACAUGAAGAUGGCCUCCGUCAAGAAGACCUCCGCCCAGAUAACGAAGCAACUGGUUCAAGAAACACUCAUGGAUGAAGGUCUCAGGGUCAUCAAGGAGCUGGCUAACCAGAUCAAGUCCGAGGAGUCCUCGGUUCUCGACCUACCGCCCCCCUCGACGACUGCACACCCUCCAGGUCGUCCAAGGGGGCGUCCUCCGAGGUUAGACCGCGGGGACUAUGUGGGAACGUCGAGGAUCGUGCAAGGUGCGCCGCCGCAAAACGGCCAUCAGGACAGGCCUGGAAGCAACGGGGUGGAACAUCCUACGAAUGGACUGUGCGACGAAGACGUGGCAACGGAGAACAGUCUGAACGCCCUGUUGGCCCUUUCGCAGAAACAGGGCAUCAUGAAGCAGGAGCCUUCUUCGCCGGCUGCAAGCAUCAAAAUGGAUUAGGAUCUAGUCGCUUAUUUAUUGUCAGUGCGCGAUGUUUCAAACGCGCACCACAAGAUUUUUGUAGAGUGUUAGUGUGACUGUCGUCUCGUGAAGAGCGUGUUUUACCUGUCUUUCCAUGUAGAGCGGGAAAGAACGCAUAUCAAAAUUGUUUCAAUCGAUUCAUCUUGCUUGACGGCCAUCAAGAAUCAAAGCGUCACCGAGCUAGAGUUAUAUAUCUAUAGUUAUGUAACGUGCUUUCUACAGGCUUGUUAGCGAAAUAACUCCCGUAAUGCUGCGCUCACCAACUCUUGGGAGGCCAAAUCCCUGCGCCUUGGUGCAGACUUCUUUCCCGGUGUAUUUAAUUCGUUUCCAAACAAAAAGAUAUUUUAAUGCCAUUAGAAUGCCAAAUUUGUAAACAGGAAAACGACGUUAUUGGGUAAAAAAAAAAGUCUGAAGUUGGUUGGGGCAGCAGCAUCAGUGUGGCCGCUAACCUGGGAGCAGAUUCUCAGAAGUGUUCUCUCAUAGAAUUGAUUCUUUUCCCAACUGGUUUUCAUGGACACCUCAAUUCUUCCGCUUUGCUAACAACAUUCCUCGUUUACAUUCCAUGUCCAAAUUUUCUACACGACUUAGCGUUAAUAUAUUAUUCAGCAAAACGUUAAAAGGCAAGAUGUAUCGACGUGGACAUUUCCUUGAGCAUGAAUACACAAAAACACGAUUCAAGGAAUGGGCGCCGCCAUUAGUGCUGCCACCCCAUGGUAGUCACAGGAACUGUGCACGUGUGGACUGCCGUUUGUCGAGCAGGGUUGGGCAGUAAUAUUAUAAUACUAAUGCAUAAUACUCCCUAGAAAUCGGUAUUUUAAUAAUAAUACAUAAUAUUUUGAUUCUGAGGUAUUAUAAUACAUAAUAGUAAUACUUGUGUGUAUUACACGCAAGUAAUACUAGUAAUACAUUCGAGGAUAACUUGGGGAGACAGAAAGGAAAAGAAAACCACACGUAUAUGCAAUUUGUGCAUUACUUUUCGAGACAGUCAUUCUUCGCUCACAUUUUAAUUCAGGUGCUUACAUUUCUAGCAUGUUCUCAAAGGGGUAGUCCUAUAUAGUGCACAGCCUUUCCGAAUUUGAUGAGAUAGAGCUGAUCAAUUCGAUCACAGUGUAGCUUGAUCUCAGUGUGGCAGAGUCUUGAUUUCGUUCAGUCUGGACGAUAAAAUAUGGACCGUCCAAAAGUGUGCUACUGUCCAUAGUGCAACCGCGUACAGAGGUUACUGGACUGGACACACCGUUCCAUACGACACAGGCCUUGCAAUGGGAUAAGUCAUCCUUUCGGACGCUCAACUGGAAGGAAUGCCGGGAAGACUCUGGUAACUUGGAGCAGGGGAAUAAUAAAGACAAUGUUCGUGUCCGAAUGCUUGUGAGACAGGAAAAAUUACUGAUAAAGUGCACCAGUGACACUCAGCAGGUCGGACUUAUGACCUCUUGGAAAGUAUUACACCUUCAAAAGUAUUAUAAUACAUGUAAUACCUCGAUUUUGUGUAUUAUAAUACAGAUACAAAUACAUUUUGAAAACGGGUAUUAUAAUACAAAUACUCAAAAGUAUUACUAUUGCUGCCCACCCCUGUUGUCGAGUUGCUUCAUUUUCCAGUGUGUGUUUUCGUUCGUUCGUUCGUGCGUCGUUAUUUCGUGCUAGUUCAUUUUAUCCCGCUCGGGAACCGUUGUAGAACAGAUAUCGCAUCGACCAGCACUCCUCACGUGUACAUAUCGCACGCGGAAGCAAGCAGUCUUCUUUUUCCUUCAUCUUUCUUCAUAUUUCGAGCGCUACUCAGAUGCUUACCGGAUUAUAUGGAAUGUUACGUUAUCGUCGGUCAUACUCAUUAAAGACGACGGCCACCAGUAUUUACACCCAAUGGGAAGAGCGCUGGGAACGAGGCUAAUUAGCGCACGGAGACUAGUGGUUUGAGAGUAACGUGACAAGGUACACAGAACCGGACAAGGUUGUGUUUUGUGCCCUACCACCUCCUCAUGCUCAGUGAAAUGAUAGCGUCCACAGCAUAUUCUUUCAAAUAUGUAUUUUAUUUAUGUCGUUCAUCGCACCAAGGACGCUUCGAUACGUGUCGAAGGGGAAAUUUUCUGCCAAUAUAUUUCUUGCACCACAUGAUUCGGUAACGCACGAGGUCUACUGUCAUUGGCCAAUUAUAAAGCCGGGUUUUGUUUGUCAACCCAGUGACGUUCCAUCUGUUCAGUUGGGAACUGUGGCACUUGUGUGCAAAUUCCUGCCCAACUGACGUGACGACAUCAUGUUGAAUGUUUUUUCCUGACAUACGGGUCGAGCAACGGGAGUUUGCAAUAGUAAAGCGACCAAUACUGUGGCAUCUCAUGUGUGUUUGACGACAGCAUUCUGUCUAUACAUGAAGGCGCUGAAAUAAAGUUACCAUUUGUGGCCAACACCA